AGCACCACACGUAUCUUUCUUUUGCCUGGCUCCCAGACAAAUUAGCCAAAAUGCAGCAAAGAGCACAGCUUUGACACUCCUUUAAGGGCAGCGUCUGUGUUUGCAUGUGAGACUAAUGAAUUUGAGGGUUUUGAUCCUCGGUUGCAGUGCUAUCCACAUAGAUCCUGAGGCGAGGCACAAGAGUGAAGGAAUAAAUACCCCUCAAAAGAAAGAAAAGAAAAGCAGCAGCGAGAGAGAGAGAGAGAGAGAGAGAGAGAGGGGUCUUCAUCCUUAACACCCAGAUCAUUUUACCCCACCAGAUUCUUCUCUUUUUUCUCUUCUUUUUUUCCCAUCAAUAUAUAGAGAGAUCCAGCGAUCAUACACUUACUACACAACCCCCGCAUCUCUGACUACACAACCUUCAAUUCUCUCUCUGUCCUGUCUUUCUCUUUGCAAAAGUUAAAAGGGAUCCAAAAUGUAUCUAACAUCACCAACAAGUGCUAUAUAUUGAGCUUAAAGACUCAUGCCCAAGAUUAUCACUCAUGACCGAGGAGCACAUGAUUACAAUUGAGAAGAAUAGAUAGGAUAAAAAGGGUCCAAAAUGGAUGUGAGUAGGAGAAGAGCUGGGGUUAAAACUAGUGUUGUAGCGGGUUCUGUGUGGGAGAGCAGAAUGAAACUUGAUGAAGUUAAAGGUGGAAUUAAGGUAUUUAAUGGAGAAGAGAAUGUUGAAGAGAGUAGAAGUAGUAAUGAAGAUACUGCAAAAAAGAUUGUAAAGAGAGGAGGAGGACAAACUGGUACAAGUACUGGUGUGGCUGUGAGUGGCAAGAGAAAGACUUGGAAAUCUGAGAGCUUUGAAGGUCCAAUUCAGAUUGCAAAGGGAAAAACUAGUGAAGUGCAGUGUAAAGAGUUGAGUGUUUCGGUCGAUGGAAUCAGGAGAAGUCCAGUUCAGGCAAGAAAGGGGAGAUCUGAAGGAAGUAAUAAAGAGCUUAGGUUGUCUGUUGAUGGUAUUGAUAAAAGCUUUAUUCAGGUCGAGAAAGUAAGUAAAGAGCUUGAUGAAAUUCCAAUUCAGGUCAAGAAAGGAAGUUCUGAAGCAAAUAGAGAGGUUGGUGUUUCUGUUGAUGAAAAUGAGAAUAGCCCAAGUCAGACAAGGAAACAAAGAUCUGACUUAAGAGAGGUUUUUGAAUAUGAUGUAGAAUUAAGGAAAGUAAAAUCGGAUUCUGUUAAGGUUUCAAAGCAAUCUGGUAUCGGUAAAGAUCCUGUACCUGAUGGCGGGGAUGAAAGUAAUUCAGUUCAGUUAAGGAAGGCAAAGUCAGAAACUGACAAGGUACUGAAUGAAUCGGUUAAUCGAAUUGAGAAGAGCCCACCUGAAAUCGAGGAGACUGGAUCUGAGGAAACUUGUGAAGAGUUUGGUAUGUGCCAAGAAAAGGUAAUUUCUAGUAGCGAAACCAAUGAGUUAAUAAAGAAACCAGCUCCUGAUCUUUUGGUAUAUAAUCCUCCUCCUGGUGAUGAUGAAUUUGAGGGAGACGAAGAAGAGGAAGAAAUUGAGAUCGAGAUUGAAAAGAAAACCUUAGAUAUUAAGGAGAUUAAGAUACCAGAAGAGAGGCCCAAGAAGGUUGAAACAAAUGUAGCAGAACAAAAACCUAAGAAGAUGGAGAUUUGUAUAGCAGAACAGAAGCUUAAGAGAGUGGAAGUCGGCACGCCUCAACAUAAACCUAAGAAAUUGGAGGUCAGCACACCUGGGCAGAAACCUAAGAAAGUGGAGUUUAGCACACCUGAAGAGAAACCUAAGAAGGUAGUGAGUGAAGUGAAAAAAGUUGAGCGAUUUAACAACAGAACAGCUCCAACUUCUUCAGAUGUGAACGAACAACCUCCUCCUGUGUUAAGAAGAGCAAAACUUUAUCAAAAUCUUGCAAAGGCUGCUGCUUCUCCUACAAUUCCAGUUGCUAAUGAAUACCAGAGUUUCAAAGAAACUCGUAGGCAUAGCAAGCUUCAAAACCUGGUGGAUUUAGUAAUGUGGAGAGACCUAUCGAGAUCUGCAUUAGCCUUUGGAUUGGGCACAUUUAUCAUAAUCUCAUCCUCCUACUCUAAAGAUCUCAAUGUCAGUUUCAUUUCUGUGAUUUCCUACCUGGGUCUUGUUUAUCUUGCCACCAUUUUUCUGUAUAGAUCACUUAUUUGCAGGGGAGUUAUAGAUAUAGAUGAUGAUAGAAGCUAUGUGGUGGGUGAAGGUGAGGCAAUUUGGUUAUUAAAAUUGGUUCUGCCUUACUUAAACGAGUGCCUGUUGAAAAUUAGAGCCCUUUUUUCUGGUGAUCCUUCCACUACAAUGAAGAUGGCAGUGCUACUCUUUGUUCUUGCCAGGUGUGGCAGCUCCAUAACCAUCUGGAAGAUGGCAAAAUUGGGCUUUUUCGGCGUUUUCAUUGUACCAAAAGUCUGCUCUUCCUACUCCACACAGUUAACUGCAUAUGGUAAAUUUUGGAUUCGACGAUUUCGCGAUGCUUGGGAGUCAUGCUCGCACAAAAAGGCCGUGGCUUUAGGUAUCUUCUCCCUCGUCUGGAACCUGUCUUCAAUGGUUGCUCGCAUUUGGGCUGUGUUUAUGAUGUUUGUGGCCGUCCGAUAUUAUCAACAGACUAUGGAGAGAGAUGAUUGGGUGGAGGAGGAGGAUGCAGAAGCUGAUGAGACGUGGCAUGGAGAUAGUGGAGGACAGAGACAAGGGAGUGGUCCCGCUUCGAUAGACGUAAAUGAAGUGAAAAAGGGAUCCUAAGAAGAUUGGUAUAGUGUAUUAAUUGAUGUGGUGUGAUACGAAAUGGUUUGUAUUUUCUUUUUCUCAUUCUUGUAUUUCUUUUUUUUUUCUUGGAUAUUUUACUGUAAAUAUUUUUUUUUGGACAUGACUAACGAGCUCCGAUGGUAAGUUGGCAAAUAAUUGUCUUUCUUACUUCA